GAGGUGGACACCACCAUGCACGGCGGCCUCUACUUCAUCAACCACAAUGAAAGGCGGAACACCUUCCUGCACCCAGUGACGGGACAGGUCCCCGAGGACACCUCAAGGCUUGACUUGCCCAAACAGAGCUCGGACAUGUCCAGCAAGGCGAGCAGCAAGCGGCCGGCCACCGUCCCCAGCGAGCCCCCCAACCACGCCAUGGUGGCCGAGGUGCCCCCGGAGCGCCCCGGAGGCCGGGCUCCGCGCUCCUCCCGCAAGGGCAUCGCCUUCGGGAAGCGCUCCAACUCCAUGAAGAGGAACCCCAACGCCGCUGUCACCAAGAGCGGGUGGCUCUACAAGCAGGCCAGCUCGGGGGUGAAGCAGUGGAACAAGCGCUGGUUCGUGCUGGUGGAUCGCUGCCUCUUCUACUACAAAGACGAGAAGGAGGAGAACAUCCUGGGCAGCAUCCCCCUGCUCAGCUUCCGCGUGGCCGCCGUGCAGCCCUCGGACAACAUCAGCAGGAAGCACACGUUCAAGGCCGAGCACGCCGGCAUCCGCACCUACUUCUUCAGCGCCGAGAACACGGAGGAGCAGGAAUCCUGGAUCCAGGCCAUGGGCGAGGCUGCCCGCGUGCAGAUCCCCCCGACACAGAGGCACUCGGAGAAGCCGGACUCGGAGAACAUCCCCCCCAGCAAACACCAGCACCACCUCCACCACCACUGCAACGCCGCCCACCGCGAGCACGCCAAGGCCGAGCCCGACGCCAAAGCCCGCGGGGAAGGCGACGGCCGCGGCUCCGAGAAGAUGGAGAGGAAACCAUCGGAGAGGACGGACGGCAAGAAGGAACCUCUGGCUAAAACCAACGGGCUGAGCGGCCAGGAGGCACCCUCAGAGCCCGGCAGUCCCUACCCCGAGGGGCCGCGGGGACCGGCGAGCGCCGAGCGGCCGGCACAGCCCAAUGGGUGGCCGUACCCCUCGCCCAGCCGGCCCGGCAGCACCGCCUUCCCUCCGGGGGGUGACGGAGAGAUCGGGGUCCCCCAGCGCCGGGGGGUCACCCCCAGGUCCCACCCCGAGAAGGUGGCCCAGCGUAAGAGCUCCAUGUCGCAGCUGCAGCAGUGGAUGAACUCGCGCCUCGCCACCGCGCCCUCCGAGGAACUGCGCAGCCCCAGCAGGUUUUACCCCGUAUCCCGCCGCGUGCCCGACUAUUACUCGCCCUACUCGCCGCAGUACCCCGAGGAGUACCAGUACUACCCGCCGGGCGUGCGCCCCGACAGCAUCUGCUCCAUGCCCGCCUUCGAGCGCGUCAGCCCCCCGUGGGCGCUGGAGGACAAACGCCACUCCUUCCGCAACGGGGGUCCCUUCCACCCCGCCUUCGGUCGCCAGGACAUGCCCCUGUGGCUAGCGGCGCCCUCCAGGCCGCCCAGCUACCUGGACGAGGUGGAUGCGGCCUCGGGCUCGCUGCGGAGGAUGUCUCUGCAGCCGCGCUCCCGCUCGGUGCCGCGCUCGCCCAGCCAGGGCUCCUACGGCCAUGCCAGGGUUUACUCGCCCGUGCGCUCGCCCAGCGCCCGCUUCGAGCGGCUGCAGCCCCGCGGGGAUGAGAUUUACGCCGACCCCGCCACCUUCGUGAUGCGCAGGUCCAUCAGCUCGCCCAAGGUGACGCCGUUCCCGGAGCCCUACAGGGACACCCUGCACCCCCCCUACAAGAUCAGCGAGCAGGACACCGAUAAGCUGCUGGGGAAGCUCUGCGAGCAGAACAAGGUGCUGCGGGAGCAGGAGAGGCUGGUGCAGCAGCUGCGGGCUGAGAAGGAGAGCCUGGAGAGUGCCCUGAUGGGGACGCACCAGGAGCUGGAGAUGUUCGGGAGCCAGCCCGCCUACCCUGAGAAGCUGCUGCACAAGAAGGAAUCGCUCCAGAACCAGCUCAUCAACAUCCGGGUGGAGCUGUCCCAGGCCAGCACGGCCCUGGCAAACAGCACGGCCGAGUACGAGAGCCUGGAGAGCGAGGUGUCCACCCUGCACGAUGACCUCUGGGAGCAGCUGAACCUGGACAUCCAGAACGAGAUGCUCAACAGGCAGAUCCAGAAGGAGAUCUGGAGGAUCCAGGACGUGAUGGAGGGGCUGAGGAAGAACAACCCCUCCCGUGGCACCGACACCGCCAAGCACAGAGUGGCCCUGGGCCCCUCGGGCACGUACAGCUCCAACAGCCCCGCCAGCCCCCUGAGCUCUGCCAGCCUCACCAGCCCCCUGAGCCCCUUCUCCCUCAUCUCCGGCUCCCAGGGAUCGCCCACCAAGCCCGGCCCCGGCGAGCCCAAGCCAGGCUUCGAGCAGAGCAAGAAGGAGCCGCCCCGGCCCAGCCCCCCCGGCCCCGCGCCCGAGGGGCUCCAGCAGAGCCGGCCGGAGCAGGACGGGGACAAACAAGCGGCUCUCAACAAGGUGGGAAUCGUGCCCCCCAGGACCAAAUCUCCGGCUGAGGACGAGGCGGUGCCCAGGAGGAACGGCCUGGCCAACGGGCUCAGCUCCCGGGAGAGACCCAAGAGCGCCGUGUUCGCCACCGAGACCAAGGUGAAGAUGAGCGUGGAGGAGCAGAUCGACCGCAUGAGGCGACACCAGAGCGGCUCCAUGAAGGAGAAGCGGCGCAGCCUGCAGCUCCCCAGCCCCCAGCAGCUGCCCGGCCCCCAGCCCGAACCCCCCGGCACCAAAACCCCCUCCUCCUACAAGGUGGUGCGGCGGCACCGCAGCAUCCACGAGGUGGAUAUCUCGGACCUGGAGGCUGCGCUGCGCUCCGACGAGCCCGGCAAGGUGUACGAGACCCCGCAGGAGGAGAUCGCCCGGCUGCGCAAGAUGGAGCUGGAGCCGCAGCACUACGACGUGGACAUCAACAAGGAGCUGUCCACGCCGGACAAAGUGCUGAUCCCUGAGCGCUACGUGGAGCUGGAGCCCGAAUCUCCCCUCAGCCCCGAGGAGAUGAAGGAGAAGCAGAAGAAAGUGGAAAGGAUCAAAACCCUCAUUGCUAAAUCCAGCCUGCAGAACGUCAUCCCCCUGGGCGAGGGGGAGGUGGACACCCCCCAGGACCCUGAGGUGCAGCUGCAGGAGCAGGAGAAGAGGAUCGAGAUCUCGUGUGCCCUGGCAGCCGAGGCCUCGCGCCGCGGCCGGAUGCUCUCGGCUCAGUGCGCUACCCCCAGCCCUCCCACCUCCCCAGCCUCCCCGACUCCACCGACCAACCCCCUCUCGUCCGAGCCGCCCCGGGCCACCGACAGCAGCCACCUCAUGCGGGUGUGAGCCUGUGACGUAAGCACCUCUUCUCUCUGACGUCAUCCCCUCCAUCCCUUCGCUGCCACGUCAGCCCCGGCUCCUCCAUGGACCGAACGUCGCCCCCCCCCCCACAAAUCCA